AUGCGCAAGCUGUCCCUCUCUCGCGCGCGCGUGCUGCAUCUGGCGGUGUGGUUGGUCUCGACGGGAGACGGGCGGCCACACUUUCCGCCAACCGCGCGGCACGGCGCGAGUCGAGCCGGUGGCUACGGCGAGCACGCCGUGCGUCUCUAUGCGUACGGCUCAGCGCACCUCCGCUCGCCGACCAAUCUGUUUGACAUCUCUGUCGUCCUCGUUUCGCUCGCGUUUCAGCUCCACUACGUCGCCAGUGGAGCCGGGGAGGAACUUUCAUUCCUCGGUGUGCUGCGGCUUGUGCGGCUUGUGCGAAUCGUCGCAGUGAUGCGGAAGAUCCAGGAGCAACGGGAUGCCGCCAAGGCUGCACGUCAGCUCAAGCUCGGCAGUCCAGUGGAGAGGGUGCUCGAGCUGCUGAACGAGAUGAAGGACAAAGUGGCGAGCCGGCCGGGCAGCGAGGCACUGGUCAGGGACAUCGAAGGCGUGCUCGAGCUGAUUGUGUCGGAGAAGCUGUACAAGAUCGAUCUGAGCGAGGUGCACGGCGGUAAGGUCGGCCGCGAGAUGAAUGCCUUUCUCGACACCAUGGGCAUGCAGGGCAGCAGCGAGCCGUCACAAGGCCACGGCCGCAGCUCUGUGUGUCAGGCUCAAGGCCGCCGGUCGGUAAUGCAGUUGACAGCCGAGCGGCGGGCGUCGAGGGGCGAGCUGGGAGGCGAACGCAAGUCGAGUGGCUCACCGCGGGCGGAGAGCUACGCAGAGCUCUCCCGAGUCGAGAGCAUACUUCGCGAGCCAGCGGUGUGCGAGGCGCUCGCUCAGAUCCACGACUGGGGCGUCGACGUAUUCGCGUUUCACGAGGCCGCGUGCGGAUCCGGUCUUGUCGUGGCGGCGGUUCACUUGCUCGAAUACCAUGGGCUCGUGAACGAGCUCGACCUGGACCUGCCGCGGAUGGCCGCCUACUUUCGGCGGAUCCAAGACGGAUACAAGGAUAACCCGUAUCACUCCUGUGUCCACGCGCUUGAUGUGAUGCUCAACACCUCGUACUUCAUCAGGCAGGAGGCCAUCGCUCAGCUGCUGACACCGCUCGACCAACUUGCUGCUCUCCUUGCCGCCGCCAUCCACGACCACGAGCAUCCGGGUGUCAACAACAACUUCCUCGUCGCGACUCGCCACGAGUGGGCCAUCCGCUACAACGACCAGUCGGUGCUCGAGGCGCACCAUGUUGCGUCGUCGUGGGCGCUGCUGAUGCGCGACGAGUACAACUUCGUCGCCGCGCUGCCGCGGGAGCAGCUUCUUAGCCUCCGCGAACUUGUGCUGCAGCUCGUUCUCGCCACAGACAUGAGGCACCAUUUCGAGCACACUGCGCGGCUCUGCGCGAAGUGCAGCGCGGACGCGCUCUCGCCCACUUCGAGGGAGGAUGGCAUGGUGCCGCGCGAGGACGUCCGGUUCCUUCUCUGCGUGGUAGUCCACGCCGCGGACAUCUCCAACGGACUCAAGCCUCAGGCGCUCUCGCUCCGCUGGGCGCUCGCUGUGAUGGAGGAGUUCUUCCGGCAAGGCGACCUCGAGGCGACGCUUGGCCUGCCGAUCUCGCCCUUUUACGACCGCGCGACGACCUCGAUCGCGGCCGCUCAAAUCGGGUUUCUAAACGUCGUCGUCCGGCCGUACUUUGAGCCCCUUUGCGCCUUCCUCGGCCCCGCCGUGACGGCGGAGGUCUUCCACCACCUCGUCGAGAACGUGCGCGUCUGGGAGGAGCAGGGCAACGCGCUGAUCUCCACCUCCACACGCAAAGUUGGAGGAGGAGGGCCGAUAGCUCGAUAA